AUGUCACUAAUAACAAAUAGUCAACUUUUAGAGGAGAUUAAGAAGCUGCGAAAUUUUGUUGAAGCAAGUGAAGUAAGAAUUUUAAUGGAAAUUAAAACUAAAUUAACAGAAAAAAUCAUAACGUUAGAAAAAGAAAACUCAAUUUUGCAAGAAAAAGUAGAGAUAUUAGAACGACAAAAUAAAAGGAAUAAUAUUAUCAUAUUUGGCAUAAAAAGUUCUGUGCCAGAUAUAUUAACAAGAAAUAUAUGUGAUAAAUUGAACAACCUUCUUAAUCUAAAAUUAACAGUUGAUCAAAUAAAUAAUAUCUAUUGUUUGGGAAACGUACCACAAGUACCGGUUAAAGUAGAAUUUAUAUCAACAAAUACAAAACUACAAGUUCUAAAAAAUUGCUCAAAUUUGAAGGGUACUAAUAUUAUUAUUUCUCACGACUUAACGACAUCUCAACGUGAAACAAACAACAUACUUAGAAGACAUUUAAAAAGAGUCAAAAGUUCUGCAAAUAGGUGUUACAUUAAAGAUGACAAACUAUUAAUUGAUAACGAAAUCCUUUCCGCUGAAGAGGUAUUAGCCUAUGAAGCUGCUGAAGUUGGUGGCAAUACUAUAUUGUACACGAACAGCGCACCUGGCACUCCUAGUGUCGACAUCGUUGAAAAUCCACCAGCACCAAACUUGGAGAAAUUAAAGAAAGGAGAAAAUUCUGAAGUCCAAACGAAGCAACCAUCAAAUUCCACUCCAAAAGCAGAACUACAAAAAAAUAAUAGUGUUAAACCCAGAACACGAUUUGGUUCUACAAAUAAUAAUAAAACUUUUUUUUUGUCUUUAUCUUUAAAAACUUAA